CAGACGUGUUUCACUCUGGCCAAGGACAGCUACUGUACUCGCACUGCUCGCAUUCUAUUGAACUGCAUGGAGCGCAGGCACGAAGCUGUGCACAACUGUCUACUGCAGCUCACAGCCGCUCUCCUCACACACUUUGUUUAGACUCUGUCCGGGUAUCAUGAAGUUACUCAAACUCCUCUUGGUGAUUCUCAUUGAAGUUUCCUACGUGACUGUGUUUGGGGCAGUCAUCGAACCUCAACAGAAUGAAGUUUUCCACAAAACCACAAGUGAAUUUGCAGCUGUUGGUGAAAGCCACCACUAUGAAGAUAAAAAAGUGCUUGCAAUAGAAAAUCAUAUUCUUGCACUACCAGGAGCUGUGUCUUCCUCAAAACCGGAAGAUGUGACAAGACAGACUAAAGGUCAAAAGAAAAAAAGGAAAGGCAAAGGAAAGAAGAGGGAUCCUUGUCGGCGAAAAUUCAAAGAUUUUUGCAUUCAUGGAGAAUGUCGAUAUAUGAAAUUAGAGAAGACGCCAUUCUGUGUGUGCCAAGAAGGAUAUCAUGGGCAAAGGUGCCAUGCACUUAGCCUUCCACUGGAAAAACCUUUAUAUACUUAUGAUCACACAACCGUGUUAGCUGUAGUCGCUGUUACACUUUCAUGUUUUUGUUUAAUAGUAAUAUCAACAUUACUAAUACUACGGUACCAUAAAAGAGGUGCUUACAAUGUGGAAAAUGAAGAGAAAUUCAAAUUUGGAAGUGCUGCGUAGAUGAUUCCACUGAUUUAAAUUGUUGAUAAUUAAUUAAUGUUCACAUUGGACUAGACUAAGUUAUGGGCUUCUGACUCAUAUUUUUUAACUCUGAAUUGUGUCCCCAUAUAUGAAGGAACCAACAUCUGAGAACAAGAUGGAAUCUGUUUGUUUCUUUGCUACAGAUCUGUUAAGUGGGUGUAUACUGAAUUUUAAAGUUAGAUUGGAAUUUCUGAUAUAACAGAAUUUUUAGACAUUCAUAAAAUCCAUAUUUAUAAAAUUGAGCUAAUUCAUCAUUUAUACAAUUUCUAUUGCCAACACAUGAUGUAUGACGUAUUCAUGUUUUUAAUCACUUGGAUGAUUUACAAUGUGUUUUCUAGCACUAAAGAAUAUAAUUGUUAAGAACAUUAUGAAGAAUAUUUUUAUAGAGUAUUUUAUAUUGUCAUGGUCAGUAUAUAUGUGAGUGGUGUCAACAUCUAUUGAAAUGUGGUUGGUUGAAUCUUUAUAUUAUAAUUGUGUUAACAAAAUAUGAAGAGAAGGUAAAGAAUGUGGUCUUUAGUUGGUAUCAGUUAACCGUUUUUUAAAAAAGUGCAACAAACUAGAAUAACAAAAUGGUUUAUUUUGGAAAAAGCAAGUGUGCAAAAAAUACAAAGUGAAAUCAAGUUUUGUUCUUUUUACUUUAAUUCAUCACAGUUAUUAAUACAUGAAACUAGUUGGGCAUAUUUUGUGGGUUUUUUUAAAAUAUUUUUCUGUUGCACAUAUUGCCCACUAAUGUCAUAAUUGUAUGUCUUUUUUUUUUUUACUUUCAACCAAGAAAAAUACACAUCUAACCAUAAAAUUAUAUUUUAAUAAAAGUCCAUAGGAACAGAGUAAGAACUAUACUGGUACAUUACUGAAGAUGUCAUAAAUAAUAUUGCACUCUAAUCAAAUGUUAAAGGGAUUAAAUCUAAAAGCAAUAUGAAAAUGAGACAUUGGGGCCGAUUUAUUAAAGUGCGGACAGACAUGAUGUAGACACGGAUGUAGCCUAUCAUGUGUGGACAGACAUGAUGUAGACACGGAUGUAGCCUAUCAUGUCCGCCACACAUCGAUAAAUGCCGACAGCAUACGCUGUCUGCAUUUAUCAUUGCACAAGCAGUUCUUGUGAACUGCUUGUGCAAUGCCACCCCCCGCAAAUUUGCGGACAAUCGGCCGUUAGCAGGGGGUGUCAAUCACCUUUAUCGUAUAGAAUUGGGUGGAUUGAUGUCUGCAGUCUCAGACCAGGCGGACAAGUUAUGGAGCCGCGGUCUUUAGACCGCUGCUUCAUGACUUCUUUUUCCGGCGAGCCUGAAGGCUCGCACGGAAACAGGGGCAUCAAGCUCCGUUCGGAGCUUGAUAAUUCAGCCCCAAUAUCUUGAAAACAUCUUUUCCAUUCCUGGUGGCAAAUACUACGGACUCUUUAAGUUUCAUUUUUGCCGUAACUUUAACCUUGUGGAUAAGGAGGUUGUGUUUGAUGCCCACAGCAGACUGUUUUAGCAGGACAUGGAACUCCGUUUUUUGUUCUUUCAUGAUUAAGAUAGAGCAUACAGUUUUAAACAACUUUCCAAUUUACUUCUAUUUUCUAUUAUCAAUUUUGAUUUGUUCUCUUGGUAUUCUUUAUUGAAGGAGCAGUAAUGCAUUACUGCAGUAUUUCCCAAACUGGCUGCACAUAUAUGCCUCUUUUCAUUGGGAGCUAGCUGAACACAACAGUAAGCCAAUGGAAAGAGACAUAUAUGUGCAGCCAGCAAUCAUCAGCUUGCUACCAGCUCCCGAGUCUACCUAGGUAUGCUUUUAAACAAAGAAUUCCAAGAGAGUAAGCAAAUUAGAUAAUAGAAGUAAAUUGAAAAGUUGUUUAAAAUGAUAUGCUCUUUCUGAAUCAUCAAAGAACAAUUUGGGGAUUCAUGUCCCAUUAGCUGUCACACACAAUCCAGGUGUCUUAAGACUAUCUUAAAGGUCAUGAUACCCACAAUUGAAACAUGUCAUUUCAGUUCUGUAUAUAAGUAUUUUUGCAAUUCAAUUGUAUUAUCAAAAAUGCUUUUAGUAAAAGUGAAAGUUUUAACUGCUCACAGGCUAGAAGAGAAUAUGUGCAUACGAUCCUUAGGCAAAGCAAAACUCUCACUGAAACAACUCGCUUUUACUAGAAAAGAUGUUGCUAAUACAAGGAUAGUGCAAAAAAAUGCUUUAGUUCAAAGCUGAAUUGCUCUUUCAUUUUGACUUUCUUGUCCCUUUUUAAGUAGUUGCUUAGCCAGUGAAAGGAGCCUUAUAGGUUAUGGUUGCGCUGGAAAGUAAAUGCAACUGUAUUUAUGCCAUUUUUGCUCUUGAAUUAUUUUUCUCUUAUUGUUACACCAUGAGGUUGGCACUUUGUUUUGAAGCAAACAUAAGCAUAGUAUUAUACAAAUACAACUUAUAGCGCAAAGAAACUGUAAAAUGAACUUGUAUUACAUUAUUCCUACACAAGCUAUGAAUGCAAGAUAAAUGGGGCACGUGUUAAAUAAUCCUUACAAAGGUAUCUUUAAUGCAGCUGGGUUACUGCAUCUUAUCAUUGAAACAAUAUAGGUCAGUUAAAACUUUUUCAACUGAAAUAAACUCCACGUUGUGCCUCAAACCCAAAAAUGGGAAUAUUUAAACUAUUUAAAAAGGAUGUAGAUUUUCUAUUCUAUGCCAUGUUUAUAAGCUCAGAUUUCAUGUAAAAUCUGUGUAUUACUGGCACAUAACCCACAUGUUCAUAAUGUAGUGUUAUUCAAUAUUUACCUUUUAUUAAGUAGGGUCUGCAGUCUGUGCAUUAUGAUAUCAUCAGGAAUAGCACAAUUGUUUUUGGGUUGGAAAAGUUCAGGAUUGCAAAAAAAGAAGGGUGGAAGCUGUGAAAAAUGUAUCACUCUGAUAUAUGAACACAUCUAAAUUCCCCCACAUUAUGGGACAGAUUACAAGUGGCGCGCUUAACUGUUUCGCACAAGCAAUAUCGGGUUUAUCACGGCUGUUUGUGCACUUUGGAAAUAGCGCUCAUUAUCUCAUAUUACAAGUUGAAAGUAAAUGCGAACAUAUAAACGCAAACGUGAUUUAUGCUAGAAUGAUUACUGUGACCUCAGAGCUCUGGUAAACUGUUACGCAAAACUACAAAGGGCCACAAAACAAUACAUUGAAAAGUACAGUUACACUCAUAACAACAGUAUCUAAUAAAAAAAAUAUUUUAAAAAAUAUUGCAUAAAAAAGUUUUAAGGACUCAAAGAUAUAUUAUAUAUGUUAAUAUGUGUGUACAUAUGCAUUUAUAUGUGUAUUUAUGAAUUUACAGGCAUAAAUACACAUAUAAAUACAUAUGUAUACAUAUAUAUAUAAGUGUAUUGGAGCCCUUUGAGGUAGGUAGUAGAUGAAAACAUGAAAAAGCAUAUGUAUGCAAUAUUCAUAUUUAAUAAAGUGUUAUACUGUGUAUUUUCUGUAAAUAUUUCACAUAAAGAUAUAUAUAUAUUUUACACAAAUAUAUAUAUAUAUUUGAAGAACAUUGGAAUGGGAAAUAUUCAUAAAGGUUAGCUCACUUGAAAAAAUGCGAUCAUGUUUUGGCGCGAGUAGGGUGUUUUUCCACUUUUUCGCUCUCCAUUGAAGUCUAUGGGGGAAUAUGUUAAAGUGAGUGAAAUAUUCAAAGUUCGCCUUUUUGCAUGCGUCGAGUUAGCACGCGAGUGUAAAUGUUUUACUUUCAACUUGUAAUACAAACGCUACCUAACGCACACAAAAAGCUUACUUCUAGCUAAGUUAAUGCGUGAGCAAGAGCAAUAAAUAGCGCACCACUCAUAAUCUAGCCCUAUGUGUUGUAUGCAUUUAUGAAUCUUUUACCUUAAAGGAAGGGACAUGAUACCCAAAUAUUGAAUCACUUGAACAUCUCUAUGUAAAAAAGGAAGAUAUUUUACCUUAAUGUUUCCUCAGUAGCCGCAUCCCUCUGUAAAAUUACUUUAAGCAGUCAAUCAGGAUGCUUGCCCUGGACUUGUAAAAGAGUGUGCAUCUGGCACAUGCAGGUACAUUAUUUCCCUCCUCAGUUUAAGGAAGUUUGCUUUAAAAUCUUGUGAGAUUUGAAUGAAAUCCCACAAGAUCCCCUAAAAACUCAGCACUGAAAAAGAUAAGCCUUUUUUUUUCACCAUGCAGAGAGUAGCCCUGUAUCACACAGCACUUACUCUGGUGAACUAAAGAAAGUUUGAAGUCAAAUAUCUUCCUUUUUUAUAUAGAUAUGUUCAUGUGAUAUUUUCUAGUCAGCUACAGUUAUGCUGCUUAACUCUUAAUUAAUUUAGCAUAUGAGUAACAUGUACUUUUAAAAAAAAUUUCAGUAUUGCAUUAUGAACUUAUCUACUAACACAAGUUUUAUUUUUAAUACGACAUUCUCUAUUUUUUUCUGAUAUAGGGUAAAAACACUACUGCCAAAGAAUUUACAGUAUUCACUGGAAAAAAGCACUCAGGCUAAUUUGAAUAAAAUGUGCAGUGCAGCGAUCCUAUCAAACACCUCCCAUUGUUCGUUUUUAUACAAAUAUUUAUAAACAAAAGCAGUGUUACAAUUUUUGUAUUACAGUUAGAUUCAUGGGUGUAUAUAGUUAAAUUAUAAUGGAAAAAAAUGAGCCAUUGUUACAUUUUAACAAUAUAUUUAUGUGUUAAAUGCAUAUGUCAGCAUUAUAUUUAUUUAAAUAUAUUUUAUUUCUCUGAAUUAAACCGUUUCCUUUUCGUUUUAAUAUUGUACUUGUCAAUAAAGUUUAAAAUGUGGUAUCUGUUUUACAAAUCAUGUAUAGCAAAAUUAACUUAUAUCCAUUAACUCGCAGAAAUCAGUCAAUUUAGGUAACAUUUAUUUUGUGAAUAAUGAUACAGGAUGGAGAAUCAUAAUUAUUUUUAAUUAUUGCAUAAUAAAUGUUCAACAUAUACAAUUUUUUCUGUGAAAACUGAAAUAGUCUUUACAUAAAUGUUUGUAUUUCAUUUAUAUUUUAAUAAAAACAUCAGUGGUACUUUUUAA